AUGUCGAAAUCAUCUUUAAUUCCUCUGGAUUUCUUUCUCGAUAUGUGUCCAUUUGAUCUUUAUUCGAAAACUGGCCCAUCAGUUCCAUCAUGUAAUCCAGCGAUUGCUCCAGAUAUUUCAAUGAUCCACGGAAUGAAUCUAUCCACAAUGAAUAAUAAUAACACAACUACAUGUUUUGAAUCCCAAACAAAUCAUCCAAUGUUAAACGGUGAACUGCUACUUUCCUAUUGUCCGUCGACGUCAUUAAACAUUCCUUAUGCAACUGAAACAAGUAAAUCAACUCCGCCAUUAAUACCUUGUGCUUUAACACAGUCGUGUUCAUACCAUAAUAAUUCUCAAUCGACAAUACAAUUAUGCAAACGUGUCAAUGAAUAUCUCGAUGAUAUCAUUCGUUUAUUGAUUCAUAUGGAUACAAGUUCAGAUCGACGAAUGCAUAAUAUAAAUAAUCUUUUGAAAAAUAUUCAAUUCAUCGUCGAACGUUUUAUAAUCAUUCAACAAAAAAUAAUUAAACCAUUGAAUGAUUCGUCAAGCGAUAUGCUAAAGUUAAACAUGUUGAUUCGUUCAUUAAAUAAUCCAUCGAAUCAUAAUCAUGCCAAUAAUGCAAUCCAUUUGGAUCAUCGUUUACAUGAAGAAUUCGUUUGUGUAUUGAAACAACUUGUACGGUUAAUUAAUGCGUCACGUUUAUCUCUGGGAAAUACAAAUAUAAAUUUACAAGAGAAACUUGAUGCUAUCCAUGAACAAACCAAUUCCAUGCACGAACAUCUUGUAACAAUAACACGAAAACUUGAAACGAAUAUUAUUUAA